UUGUUUGUAAAUAGUAAAUACUAAAUAGGUAUUAGGUACUAAAAAGUAAAAAGUAAAUACCAACUACCAAAUAGAGCGUAGAAGGUAUUCAAUAUUCAUAAGCGAUAAACCAUCAGUCGUAGUGCCGUCAUAAUAUUAUUAUGAUUUAUAAUUGUUUACCAUAUUGCAAGUAAUGCAAAUAUUAUAAUCUUUAAUUAAUAUUAACACUUGUAACACUCGAUCGGUUGGAGUGGUGGAUAAGGAAGUCUCCGCCUUGAAAAAAUUACAUAAACGACCUGGAGGUCCCUGUUACUAGUUUCUUUAAGUUUCUGUGCGAAAAAAAUGGCUCUUGGACAUUCAGAACCGCAGUAUGAAUUGUUAAACGGAAAAAAGAAAUAUGUUCAGCCAAUCAUACAUUCCAUGGUAUUAAUUGGAUUAGCUGUUCUUGUGGUAUUUGUAGUACUUCUGAUGUUUUAUGUAUCUUGGAUGAAAUUUGAAGACACCAGUGAUCAAAAUAUACCUAUGGACUUUGUGCUUUUUGGUCCCCAGAAAUAUACAAAUUCGGAUAUUGCUGUUUAUCGUGCUCAUACAUUCGCUAUUGCUGCAAAAUCAAAUUAUAAAACAUACUGGACUGCUAAGGAUAAAAUUAUUCCCGGAAAACGAAUUGAUAAAACAUAUAAUUUGGCCUGUUAUUAUUCUAUACCAACUGAUGAUACAAAUAAAACUCUUCAUCCUGCUCAAAUUAACGCUACUUUAUGUACUCAUUUAAUUGUAGCGUUUGCACAAGUUCAAAAUAACAGUGUUUACUUCAAGAGCUCAUUUGAUAUGCAGAUUUUAAGACAAGCAGUGAAGUUACGUAAAAAAAACCCAGAGUUAAAAGUAUUACUAUCUAUAAUGCAUUUCUCAAAUGGUUCACAUUCAAAUGAAGGUUUUCCUGGCGUUGUUGCAAAUAAAGAUAACUUAGACAAAUUUGUCAAUAAUGUAGUAUCAGUUGUCAGAGAAUUUUACUUGGAUGGUAUUGAUAUAGAUUGGGAAUUUCCAUCAUGGCCUUUAUUAAAUUUAGAAGAAAAAUAUGGAUUUGCUAAGUUACUAGAAACCUUGCGUUUCAGUCUACCUGACUCUCUAUUAACUGCAGCUGUUGCAGCUCCAUUAAAUAUAAUUGAUAAUUCUUAUGAGAUUUAUUCUUUAGCAAGUUUUGUUGACUUUAUAAAUGUUAUGACAUAUGAUUAUCAUUCAUACCAAUGGUAUUUCCCAUUAACUGGGCCAAAUUCACCUUUGUUUUCUUCGUGGAAUGAAUCUGGAUACUUCCAGUAUUUAAAUAUUAAUUCUUCUAUACAAUAUUGGAUCUCAAAAGGUAUGCCUAAAGAAAAGAUUUUGCUUGGCAUGCCUACAUAUGGACAUUCUUUUAAAUUAAUAAAUGAAGCCAAUAAUGGUUUUGGGUCACCAACUUCUGGUCCUGGUAUCGGCAAGGACGGUUUUGUAACUUUUUCAGAAACGUGCGAAUUUCAAUCUCAUCAAAAUGCUUCCACUGUUUUUGACCAUGACACCCGUACUCCAUAUUCAUAUCAUAAAAACGACUGGAUAUCUUUUGAUAAUGAAAAUAGUUUAGCCUACAAAGCAGAAUUUGCUGCAUCUUUAGGUUUAGGAGGCGCCAUGGUAUUUUCUUUAAACACUGAUGAUUAUAGUGGUUCAAGUUUAUGUUCGUCAUCAGUAUUUCCAUUAACUUCUAGAAUAAAAAUAGUAUUAAAUGAUGACUACUUAUAAAUAUUUAUGGAAUAUUUUAACUAAAUACUAAAUAGUGUAUAUUAUAUUAUAUGUACUUAAGACAGUGUAAUUUAUGUUCAUAAAAUUAUGGCUGCUAAGCAUCUACCUACCAAACUAUCUAUCAGAAAUAACUUAUAUUUUAUAAUGUCUGGAUUACGAUUAAAUUUGUACCAUAAUACUUGUUGACCUUUUAA